GCGACAGACACGACCCGACAACCCAUAUUCCCUUCGCUUUUCGAGUGUACGAUCGAAAAGCGACCUAGAGGAAAAAACCGCAAAAAUGGCUGACACCGAAUACAACGCCGAGGAAGCUGCCGAGCUCAAGAAGAGAAGACAAUUCCGGAAGUUUACCUACCGUGGUAUUGACCUCGACCAGCUCCUCGACCUUUCCUCGGAACAGCUCCGUGAUGUCGUCCACGCCCGUGCCCGCAGAAGGUUCAACCGCGGUCUGAAGCGCAAGCCCAUGGGUCUCAUCAAGAAGCUCCGCAAGGCGAAGCAGGAGGCCCGCCCCAACGAGAAGCCCGACCUCGUCAAGACCCACCUCCGUGACAUGAUCAUUGUCCCCGAAAUGAUCGGCUCUGUCGUCGGUAUCUACUCCGGUAAGGAGUUCAACCAGAUCGAAGUCAAGCCCGAAAUGGUUGGCCACUACCUCGCCGAGUUCUCCAUCUCAUACAAGCCCGUCAAGCACGGUCGUCCCGGUAUUGGUGCCACCCACUCUUCCCGUUUCAUUCCCCUCAAGUAAACAAGUCGCUUUUGGAGUGUCGCGUGGGAGAUUCGUUCGGCGUACGGAUGUUGGGAAAGGAAAAAACCAAAAUGGGUGGAAUCCAUUUACAUAUACCUGGGUUCUUCUACUUGUAUGUCAAGUGCGGGUCAGCUGUUUCCAUCUCAAUAUAAAAAAAGAUUCUUGUCGGCCAUGAAGGAUCUUUGACAACUCUGAUGACGAAAGAUGAGCCCUUUUUGGUCCCCCUGGCUUGUGUGUUUCUGCAUAUGGGUCAGGGGGUCAAAAAGUUCACCUUUUCCUGUUGUUUUCUAGGUUAGGUAGGGAUGGGUGUUUUAAUUUUACGAAUGAAGUUCAUCUUAUGGCGCUUUGUAAUGUUUGUCUAUUCGGAUGACUUGUAGGUAUCAUAACACAUCGUUCCCACG